CUUUUUUUUUUUUUUGGGCACUCUCUUCUAUUUCUUGUUAAUGACUUCCCUCCAACCCGAAGCCUAGCACGCGAUAUUCGGGAUGAGGGAUGCCACUCCGCUGCGCCUCCCUCCUGACGGGCAUCCGCCUAGCCCAGAACCCGCGAGCUCAAUGGCCGGCCGCGCGGACCUCGCAACAGCAUCUUGCAGCAGCACGCGAUCACCGACUCCGACGGCCCUUCCACACCACCUCGCCCCUCCGCGAUGACAAGGCCGACAUCGACCGGGCUACAAACCACUACGAGACUCUAAAGAUCGCACCCGGCUCCACGCCAGCCGAGAUCAAGAAAUCAUUCUACAACCUCUCCAAAACACACCACCCCGACCACAACCGCUCUGACCCCUCGGCCUCGACCCGCUUCAUGCGCAUCUCGGAAGCCUACGACACGCUGUCCAAGCCCGAGAAGCGCAGCCGAUACGACCGGGACGUGCUGGGCCUCAGCCGCAGCGGCAACGCGGCGGGCUUCGGGGCCGGGGGCAUGGGGCCCGGGCAGGACCCUUUUGGACACCGGGAGGAUGUGCCGCACUUCGACCGCGAGGGCCACGAGAGGACGGGCCGCAGGACGGAGGAGCACCGGACUCGCAGCUGGCACACGAGGAUGGGUGGUGGAGGCGAGCGCGUCGACGUCGAGCGCGACGGGGGGGCGACGGGUAUGUUCUUCGUCAUCAGUGGUGUGCUCAUGUUGAGCUUCUUGGGCCCCUUGAUCUGGAGUCGGGCUUGGAACAGUAACAAGACGAAGACGAAUAGGUCACCAGCCAGACCAUGAGAACAUUGGAAGCUGGCAUUGCCGCAUAGCUUGGCUCCCGUUGUGUAGUAUAGGGCAAAGGCACCGUACAUAAUCACGAGAAUCGUGUAUAACCUCAUGAAUAGCUUUCACGCGAACAAAGUACGAGUCAAGAAAACAUCAAGGGCGCUUCCCAAAUAAUCUAUUCUACAUUCAAGAGGAAAUUCGCUAGAAUGCAGAUCUAUCUUGAGGUGUUUGUAGUACACAUGCGAGGAAAG